CCUGGUCUCUAAUUUUUGCAUUGUAAAAUAUUUUCAUUGUAGUUUUCAAAGUGUACUGGAGUUGUGUUUGACAGACAGGUGCCCAACCUUUAAGCUCAUACUCUAUCACUUUCUCAUUAACCAAGGCAGGAGCAGGCAACACAUUACCAACACAGACACAGUGUCUACAGGGCAGCCAUUAGGCUCAACAACAGACCCCUGCUGGGCUCCUGGCAGGGGGAGCUUGUUAAAUGUGUGGCCCUAUUGUUCUCCCAAAUUGGUCUGUGACUCUAAUUGCCCAGUUAGUCCCCUCUUACGGGCUGUACUCGUCUACCCGACCCGGAACCAGCCUCCACUCAUCAGAUCAGGCUGUAAAAGUUGGCUAAGCUGGGGCCGAUGAAAGGCUCUGGCUGGCUGUGAGAGUAAGGCCCUUUCUGCAGACGGGGCUGGUUGUACACAGGCACAGGAAUGGGACUUUGGAGACUCAGAAUGGCCUCUAUACUCUGUCAUGUCUGAAAGCACAAUGACCAUGACAGGCUGGCUGGGAUAGAGACCUCUGAUUCAUGAGGGAAAGUCCUUGAAAGGCCUGCAGGCAUCAGCCCCAGAUACACAUCUAAAUCUGCAGACAGACGACAUCCAAACGAAUUCGAUGAUGCUGUUUCGUAGUUCCAUUGUUUGAUUAAGAGGCUCAAAUACAAUAACAAAGACAACGAGACAAAUUAGCACUUGUGUCUGCAUCUCAGGGCAAGAUCUCUGGUGUCUUGAAUGGGAUGUUGGCGUUUUAUAACUGAUUGUUGAUGCGUCUGCACUGCGGAAGAUGUUCCAUGCUGCUCUGCCUAUUCAUUUGAUCAUAAUUUGUAACUUUUUUGAAAACUACCACACUAAAUUAACAGAUUGACUUGUUUAUUUUUUUGCUCAGGUCUGAUGCUCUCAUCAAUCAAAAGAAAACAUGUAUGUAGGAAAGUUAAAACAUGCAGUAUCACUGAACUGCAGAAGUGUGUCGACACUGUAUUCCAUAGUGUUUUUUGUUACUUCCAUGCACUGCAGAGAAUAAUCCUGAGACUCCUUUGCUGUUGAUGCAUCAAACAGCAGAAUAGGUUGUCUAACAGCAUUUUGCAUGUGGAUCUGAGUUUGUUUUAUUGGCAGAUCAAAGCCAGGUGGGCCAGAUGAGACUAUGCUUUGCUAAUGAGAACCCGAGGCUCUGCAGAUGAAACCCUCCAAUUAGGAAGCAGGGACACAUGAAAGAGACUAGCAAUAUGAAGGAGACUGCCUGUCUGUCUAUGGAAAACAUCAGGUUGAUUAGAACAGUUCUGAGAUGCAAAAGCCUCAUGAUGAUUUAUUUUUAUGUAUCAGUUGGUGCAAAGAAGAGCCGUUUGUUUUUCACAUAGUGUGUAAAAAGUGGAUAGGUGAGUAAACAAAUCAACAAACACAUUCAGAUGAACCAGGGUUAGGGUUAGUCAGUAACAGUUCUGUAGACCAAGAGAUCUAGUAUUAAUUGAUUUUUGACUUCUGGGCCUUUAAAAGAAAACAGAGCUGAUUCAGACCUGUGUGUCUGGGCUCCAGUCAGUGAAAGCAGGGCUGAGUGUCCCCCCUCCCCUCGCCCCCCUCCAUCUGCCUACCGCCCCCCCUCUGUCUGCAGUCAUCACAAAACAAGCCGCUGUCUCCAAACGCAUCGUCUCUGCCUCCUUUGAUAGGUAGUUGAUAACAGACUUGCAGACUGAUGGGGCUGGCUGACCUUGCUGUAUAUAAAGCCGGCAGCAGCAGUCACAAAGCCAUUCAAUGACAACAGAGACCUCUGACAACAAGUAUCCUGAUUUAUCUACCUCAUGGACUCUGGAUUUUGCAAACCCUUCAGUAUGGCUGUGUUCUUCAUUGUGGCUCUGCUGGCUAUGGCAAGUCCUUUAACGGCAUUUGACAUGGGACAGUCCACACGCUGUGUCACGAUCCCAAAUCAGAUGAAGGUCUGCAAGGAUGUUGGUUACUCUGAGAUGAGGCUGCCAAACUUUUUGGGUCACAGCAACCUGGAAGGAGAAGUUGUGCCUCGUUCAGAGGACUGGAGGCCCCUGUUGCAGACAGGCUGCCACCCUCAAGCCCAGGCCUUCCUCUGCUCCCUUAUUGCCCCUGUCUGUCUCGACACUUUUAUCCAGCCAUGCCGAAGUCUGUGCGUGGCAGUCAGGGACAGCUGUGCCCCAGUUCUCGCCUGUCAGGGUCACCCUUGGCCUGAGGCUCUUGAUUGCGACCGCUUUCCUGCUGAGGAAGACAUGUGCCUUACUCACCAUGCUAAAUUUGGCCACUUUGCCAAAGACUUACCCAGACCUGCAUGCCAGAACUGCCCAGCUGUGGAAGAGGCUCCUGCAAUGAAAACAGUCCUGGAUGCUUUUUGCCACCAUGACUUUGCUGUGACUGCCAAAGUCCAUCGCCAUCGCCAACCAACAGGAGAGCCAGAGUUUGAGAUUGAAGGCCGGGUUGAGUUUAUCCGCCAGGGCCCUCUGCUACCUUAUGACACCCGGCACCUUCUCCAGCAGUGGCUCCUCAUAAACCUCCAGUGUGCCAACGUUCUUGUGCGCCCCAGUCGAUCACAGCUUUACGUGCUGACUGGUUCCGUGCAGGCUGAUGGAAGUCUUGCUCUCAUCAACCUCUUCCCUUGGCACAAAAAAGAUGCAAACAUUGCGGUGGCCACUCGCAAGUGGAAACACCACAGAUGUUGAAAAAUGAAGAGCUGAGUAUGUGUUUGUAAUGUGGAGUCUUUUAUGAUUCAACCUCAAACACAUGCUUUAACAUAAAUCUAAGAUGAAGUUUGAGGUGGAGAGUGUCUUGGCAUUGGGAGAAUUUGUGAAGUAAUCCAAGUAUAGAGCAAUAUAAGAACAGAGCUGGACUCAGACAAUGAAACCCUUUGCCUCCCUCAGCAGCUCACUACCUCAUCCUUUUCUGACAGCACACAGAAAUAGAAUGCACUCGAACUUGUACAUAAUAUUAUUAAAUGUAAAUUGAUUGUAGAUUCUAUUUUCUAUAAGAAUAGUGAUGUAUUUAUGGCAUCUGUUUAUAUGCAUAUUGUUUGGAAAAGAUGACAAUAAAUAUUUGUUUUCUGGAAAAUUUA